AUGGUGGGAGCAACCCGACCUCAUGCGUUGUACAGUUUGACAGAUUCCACCCCUGCCCGGACAAUUUGGGUCUACCGAAAUGGUGAUCCAUUCUACUUGGGGAGGAAGUUUAUAAUCAACCACCGAUACGUGCCCACCUUUGAAGCUUUCAUGAUACAGCUGAAUGAAGGUGUGCCAACACCCUUUGGGGUGCGGAACCUGUAUACACCCCGGCAAGGGCAUGUUAUUACAGACCUACCUGACUUGCAGCAGGGAGGUAGAUACGUGGUUGCUGGCAGGGAAAAGUUUAGGAAGCUGAAUGUUUUCACAAAUGGAGAUAUCUUGAUACCACCUGUGAAAAUCCUUAUACCUAAAUUUACACUAAAUAAUUGGAAUGGUGUCCUUGGACUUGUAAAUGAAAAAGUAGUUCCUCGCUCUGGGGGUAUUCAUAGAUUGUUUACUUUAAAUGGUCAGCCUGUAUACGGACCUGAUAAAUUAGAAGAUAACCAAUUUUAUAUUGCAUGUGGCAAAGAAAGAUUCCAACGUUUGCCAUACUGGCAGCAUCCUAAAGUUCCAGAAAAUAUUCGUCGAGCUUUUUCACAUUCACCAGAACCUCCAGAAAAGCCCCCUCUGAAAAAGCCUCCUGGAGAAGCACCUAAACAAGGACAUCGCGUUCUGACUCCCAUGCAAGUAUCAACACAAGGAGAAGGAGAUAGGAUUUCUGUUUUUUAUGCAAAACCUGAGAAAACAAGUCAUGGAAAGGCUCCUAGACCGCUGUCUCCCAAUGAUGGGCAUAGUGUCUAUAUAGCUCGAAAAUCCCCAAGAGAAAUUGAAGGGGCUCAUCAGAUUCAAGAAGACAAAGAUGUUCAAGUGGAAAUACCCAUUGAUCAGGUUCCAGCUGAGGUCAUCCAGGAUGAGGAGAUUUAUUCAGAUCUUGGGAGUAUAAAAGACCAGGCUCCAGCUGAGAUUGUUCAGGAUGAGACAAUUGAUGCUGAGAAUAUAGAGGAACAGGCAAAAGAAGGUGAGAAACUUCAGGAGAAAAAAGGUGUUUUCAAAAAAGUGUUUGGAUUCUUUUUCAGUAGAUCAAAGAAAACAGAUAUAAAAGAAAAUGAUGAAAAACAAGAUGUGAAGAAACAAAUGGGUUACUCUCCAGACAAUGACCAGUGGGAUAUCUAUGAUUAUGAUUGA